AUGAAGAUAACAGGGGCCGUUCUGCUCUUCGCUCUGGCACUUUGCUGCUUCUACUCAGAUGCUGCUGGCCAGGCUGGUAAGGGUUUCUGCAGCGAGUACAAGGAGCCUCCAGAAAUAUGCACCAUGGAGUACUUCCCUAUCUGUGGCACUGAUGGGAAAACAUACGGCAACAAAUGCUUCUUUUGCGCAGCAGUCUAUGAAAACCUUGGAAGUCUUUGCUUUGAGCAUUAUGAAGAAUGCGAGUCACAUGAGGAAGCCAAACAAAAAGGUGACCUUUAG